AUGAAUACAGGGUGGCAGGACUGGCAACAACAACAUGAUGUAGCCGAGUUCGCAUCAUUCUUCUGUGGACGGCAUCGAGUUCAAGCGGUGACAGGAGAGUGGGAAGCUCGAACCUACGUCGACGGGGUGGGGCAACCAGGUGAUGCGGGGCUCAGUACUCAGCCAAUUCUCCUUGUCAUGCCUAGUACGCCACCGGGCCUUGCACCAGAGCUGAAGGUCCAAUCCCUGGUUGAUUCGUGGUAUGCUCAAGAAGCUACACAUGCCUUUACAGUUGCUCCCUCAGUUCUGCUUCUACAACUUGGACGAUUUAAAGUUGUAAAUGGCAAAGUGCAAAAAGUUCACACCUCUGUGACCAUCGACAAGGUUCUUUGGAUACCGAUUUAUGAGAAUGCCAACUUUCAGGUGGGCUCCGUGAAAUACCGACUUGCAUCAGCCAUCUGUCAUCACGGGCAGCAUCCUCGAGCAGGACACUACCAAGCUCUGCUACAUUCGGCCAAUGGACUUUGGAGCUGCGAUGACAAUAGGGGCUCUCGCCGCUGCGAUUUCGUUCCAGAAUGGAGCAAACAUAGAGCUCUGGGCUGUAUCCUUUCCCCGUUCUUCCUUCACGAGAAUGAGAAGAAGAUCACCCAAUGCAUCCGCUUGUUCAAGAAGGACCCCAGCAGCGUCGCGAAGGACCUGCUGGAGCUGAAUGACGUGAAAGGCGGAACCUCCAAGGCUAUCGCCGAGAAGCUGCUUCGCAAACUGGCAUCCCGCAAUCUUGGAGAAGUCGACGCCGACUGGAUGAAGGUCCUCUCCACGCUGGGCCAGGACGAGUUGUCCGAGGACGACAAGCUGACGCUCACUCUGAUCAUGGCGAAAAAGAGGCAAACGGAAUACCUGGCCGACAACUGGGAGGCAUUUUGCAUCAGCGAAUGGCUCCCUGCCAUGGAAAUCAAAGAUAUCUACGAUCUCUUCCAAGAGCUGCGAAAGAGAGGCGAAGCCGAAAGAUCGCCGCCCAAGCGCCGCAGAAGGGACUCCAGCGGGAACUCUGCACCUUCCGGCCACAGCCCUGCUUACGCCGUGGGUCGCCACCUCGCAGACCGGCUACAUGAAGCUUCGUCACUGGAAGACCUGCACCGUCACAGAGACAUUCUGGUGUCUUUGUACAACAUGCAGGAGCAACCGGAGACGAUGGCAGAACUGGCCGACUGGUUCCAGAAGAACUACGCCAUCAGUGAUUCGUGCUGGGCCGAAGAGGUGGACCUGACAGCUCUGGAUGCACUGCUCACCACGCUGAGCUUGAACGACUGCCCCCUCGCGAGCCCUUUCCGCACGGCCAUGGGUGAUUUGGCCAUGGCGGCGGGACGCCGGCAUCAGACCAACCAAAAGGCAGCGGCGGCUUUUCGUGUCGCCAUCGGUGCCGAACCGACUCGGCAAGAAGCCAAGGUACGACUUCUGGAUGUGCUUCUGAGAUCCCAAGCGCGCGGCGACAAAAUUAAUGCCGACGAGGUGGUUGCACUGAUGGCUUCCACAAGAACCUUGUCUGUUUGA